UGCGCGCGGCUAACCACAACAUAGUAGGGAUGAUGGCGGAUUCGGGAAGCGAGGAUAUAGCUGUGGUGGGAAACACCGAUGUCACACCUUCAGCGUUAGAAAACAACAUUAAAAACACGAUGGUUGAGAAGGGGGCAAACCUUUUGAAGAAGAUGGAGAUAAGUGUAGCUGAGGCAGAGAAAAGAACAGGAAAGAAUGCAGUCAGCAUGCAGGAAACCUACACUGUAUACCUCAUUGAAACAAGGCCAAUGGAUGCUGUGUCUGAGAGUACCAGUCCUGCCCCUGACUCUCUGUGGAGGCGCUACAGCGAGUUCGAGCUUCUCAGAAACUAUUUGUUAGUCACCUAUCCAUUCAUAGUUGUCCCGCCUUUGCCUGAGAAACGCGCUGAAUUUGUGUGGCACAAACUAUCUGCAGACAACAUGGAUCCGGACUUUGUGGAGAGGAGAAGGGUGGGGCUAGAGAACUUCCUGCUCCGGGUUGCCUCCCAUCCCGUUCUGUCCAAUGACAAGAUCUUCUACUCCUUCCUCACUGAGGAACAGGGUUGGAAGGAAGUUGUAUUUGAGACUGGAUUUCAGGCAAAGGCAGAUUCGAGGUUGAAGGCUUUAAAUGCUACAUUCCGGGUGAAGAAUCCCGACAAGAAGUUUUCAGAUAUGAAGCACUAUGGAGAUGAGCUCCAGUCUGUUAUAUCACAGCUGCUGCGUGUGCGAGCAAGAGUGGCUGACCGUCUUUAUGGUGUCUACAAAGUGCAUGGAAAUUACGGCCGAGUCUUCAGUGAGUGGAGCGCCAUUGAGAAAGAGAUGGGAGACGGACUGCAGAGUGCAGGGCAUCAUAUGGAUGCGUAUGCUACUUCCGUAGAUGACAUACUGGAGGAGGAAGAACACUAUGCUGACCAGCUGAAGGAAUACCUUUUCUACACUGAGGCUUUAAGGGCAGUGUGUAGGAAGCAUGAGCUUUGUCAGUUUGAACUGGAGAUGGCUGCCCAGGAUCUGGUCUCCAAGAAGCAACAGCGGGAGGAACUGGCUACUGGGACGAUACGGACCUUCUCUCUCAAGGGGAUGACCAGUAAGCUGUUUGGUCAGGAGACUCCUGAGCAGAGGGAGGCUAAGCUGAAAACUCUGGAGACCCAGAUUGAGGAGGGAGAGGAGAUGGUGAAAGAGAGAAACACUGAGUGCGAGGAGUUUGUGAAGAACGCUUGGGUGGACAUUGAGAGGUUCAAAGAGCAGAAAGACCGUGACCUUAAAGAAGCUCUCAUCAAUUAUGCCAUCAUGCAAAUCAGCAUGUGUAAAAAGGGAAUUCAAGUGUGGAAUAACGCUAAAGAGUGCUUCAGCAAGAUGUGAGUUAUGCCUCAAGCCAAGUUCCAGCACAGAGCCACACAGCUGUACAAACUUCUCAGGGUAAGAGUGCUGAUAUCGGAUCAGUUUUUAUCUUUCAUCUUCCAAUGAAUACACGUGGACUGACCAAACUGAUCCAAGAUCAGCACUCUUGCAGAGGCGCUCGGUAUGUAUGAGCCCUAAGCACAAUCCUAGGAGUGUUGGAGGCACAGAAACUUUUGAAUUUGUGAUUUUUCUUUGUCACAUCAAUUAAAUGACAACAAUUUAAUUCUAUUUUGAAAAUCUGAAAACAUACAGAGAGAGGAGAAAUGAUUAUUCUAUUUAUUUAAAAUAAUGUUUACUGGUCUUGAGCAUACCAUAUUUCCAUACUGAAUUAAAUAUACUCAUUAAAUAUCCAAACUCUUUGUGCAGAGAAUCAGUUUUGUCAAUAACAAGAUCGAUGUAAAUUAUUUUAUGCACAUCACAGUAUAUGAUAGAUUUUUUCAGAAAUUUUAUACUACAUAAUUUUUUUUUAUUUUAUUAUUAUUAUUUUUUUUUUACUAAUUACAAUACAGUUAGUUUUUCAUGCAGACAUCCAUGAUAAAAUCCCUCACUUUUUGUAUAUUUUAUAUAUUUUGAAACCAGCAGUACAGUAGUGUCAAAUAUUUGCCAUAAAAGAGAUCGACUUGUAACAGUCAGUUGGUGCUGUAAAGUAAUUUCUAAACAAAUGUAAAGCUUAAGUGAUGAGAUUAAGGGGGCUUAAUACAGGAGCAUUCCAUUAUAAUUCCUCUGAACUUGUGGAACAUGUCCAUUAUAUUGAAACAUGCAUAAAUCUAAGUGUAAGCCUAACUUUUAUUACAUGUACCGAGGACAACAAGGGGUCAAAUUCCCCUUUGGAAGUGAAGCAAGCAGGCAGGCUUAUUGAUGUUUGUUAUAUCUGUGCUCACGUGGCUUCCAGCUGAAAUCUCGGCCCUGAUGUUUAUCCUAACAUACUGUACGCUCAUCAUUAGCACUGUCUGCACACUGCAAUGUUAAACACAAACUGUUUAUAACUACUCACCCACACCCUUUUUAUGCUUCAGUUAAUAGGAAAUGUGUGUGCCUGCUGUUUAUGCCUUAUCCAAAACCUUAUGUUGCAUAUUUUACUUUGUGGCAGCAGCUUCCACUAUGAAUGCCAGAUUUGUCAUUUGGGAUGAAGUGUGGGUUGGUCAGUGUUUUGAUAUACAUCUGGCUGGAGGAACAGGAAGCUCAUGCAGGAAAAGGAGGAAACAAUAAUUUCCUCAUUUAACAGUUGUGUGUGUCUGAGCCUGGCCAGCUCCAACUCUGACUCCCAUUUUAUGGUACAAUAAUGUUGAGAUGAUAACUUUUUCACUACACAUAUUGGAAAUAAUUGUAGUAUAACUUGCUGUUUAAAUAUGUAUUGUGCAUACACUAAUAAACUUGGAAUUUUCUAAGA